AUGUCCCCCGAUCUGAACUCUCUUCCACCAUCCCGAUCUUCCUCGUCUUCUUCGUCGCUGCCACAUCGGAACGUCCCACCCUCGCCCGGAACAGUCCCCGCACCCGUGAAUCCUACCACUACCUCCCCACGGCCAUCUCGUGGAUCUAGCAUGGGCCGAUUAUCGGUCUCCGAGCGACGCCGCUCGGCAGCCGGUAUGGCUUUGAACCUGAAUGAUAUGACCAAUACGGGCUCAGGAAGUCUCACCGAAAAUCCCUGGUCCGACCAUCGCUCCUCCAUGGGGCAUGCAUUCCGCACGGCUAGUCCCACCAGUCACGGCGGCAGUCCCGUCUUUGCGACAGCAGACCCGCACCACCAACGGGCACCGUCUCUAGGAGAGCUGCACCAGGAGUUAGAACAGGAGCAAGAGGCGCAAGUGAACCGCCUUUUGCAGAUGAUCCGCAGUCAGCAAGCCCAGCUGCAACAUCUCCAGCAUAACCAACAGCAGAACCCGCAGUCGGGCACAGCUGUUCUUGAUGAUACUCCGUCGUCGGAACGGUCAGCCUCGUUCUUCCCUACCAUGCCUCCACCUGCACCAUCCAGCCACCGACUAUCCAUCUCAUCGCUCUCCAACCGUCCACCAAGCCUGACUAACUCUCCAAGCAUCCGACCACAAGAUGGAUUCCGAGGCUCGGACGGCACAGAAGCAUUCCCCGCUCUACGAGAUAGCUCAUCUCGACGAGGUAGUCGAGACGAGAGCGCAUUCUACCAAGCCGAAGCAGCCAUGCUCGGCCGCGAGAACCAAAUGCUUCGUCAAAGAAUCCGAGAACUCGAACGACAGAUAGGAGAUAUGACGACUACGUCAGAUACCCCAACUACCCGGUCGGGAGAGCCAAGGCAAGAGGGGGCCGAAACGGACCCGCAAGCCGUGGGAUCUUCAGACGGGAAAGCAUCAAUCUGA